AUGGCCAAGAAGAGAAAGGCGUCCCGCGCUGCCGAGUCCGGCGGACCCAAAGAGCUGGACCCGGCAGACGCUCGCCUCAAAGUCACCUCCUACGAGGACGUGGCCAACUCAGAAGACGAGUUCUUCAUGAACCGGGACACAAUCAUGCUCGACGACGAGCCCAACAUGAAGCGUCGGAGAAAGGGCGAGGAGGAGAUUGAGUUCUCGGAUGAGGAAGUGCUAGGCUACGAAGAGUCAGAUUCCGGCGCAAAGCCCAAGCAGAGCAAGUCAAAACGAAAGACGGCCGACUUUUCAGAAGAUGAAGAAGACAAAGCCGAUGGAGAAGAGGGCGACGAAAAUUGGUGGGGUGCGUCCAAGAAGGAAUACUACAACGCCGACAACAUCGAGACCGAGGCCGAUGCGCUAGAGGAAGAAACCGAGGCGAAGCGAUUACAACAAAAGAAGCUGUCCAAGAUGGCCGAGGAAGACUUCAUCUUUGACGGAGACGAGUGGCUCACGGGCGAGCAGGAAGCGGAGGAAAGCGCGGAACCUGUGACAGAAGUCCUCAAGGAGGUCGAGAUCACCGACGACAUGGGCCCCGAGGAGCGAUUAAAGUUGUUGUCUGCCCGGUACCCCGAAUUCGACUAUUUGGUCAAGGACUUCCAGGAGCUCCAGCCCCAACUAGAGGUUUUCAGGACAGAGGCCAAGGCUUCAGACGUCAAGUCUCUGGCCGCGAUCAAAUACUGGGUCCUUGGCUGCUACGUUGCCUCGCUGGCUAGCUACUUGGCUAUACUUACGUCCCCGGCUCGUGAUGCUGCCAAAGCGCACAAGACAAUUGAUCCCACCGAGCUCCGUGAGCACGAUGUGAUGGAGACCUUGAUCCAGUGCCGUGAGGCGUGGGAGCGGGUCAGGGACAUGAAAUCAAUAAGUGCACCUAGCGACGCUUCGCUGUUGCAAGGCCUUGAUGCUAUUGCUCAGCUGGAGACGGAAGCAUUGGCCGCACAGACCAAGGCGAAGAAGGCCAAGAAGGCCAAGGAGGCCGCGGCCUCUGCAGCAAGCAAGGCCAAGAAGCUGGCAAAGGCCAAGGCGAUUGAGGAGACCGUUGCCGAUCUUUACGACCUGCCCAUCAACACAAAGUCCAAGGCAAAGAGCAAGAGCAAGGCGGUACCCUCUCAGGAUGACGACAGCUCAGACUUUGGCGAGGAGGAAACCCUGGACGCUCGAGCUGCGGCUGACAAGGCGGCUCGCAAGAAGAGCUUGAAGUUCUACACAUCCCAGAUUGUGCAAAAGGCCAACCGCCGUGCCGGUGCUGGUCGCGACGCAGGUGGUGACAUGGACAUCCCUCACCGCGAGCGCCUCCGAGACCGUCAAGCUCGACUCCUGGCUGAGGCUGAGAAGCGCGGCAAGAGGGAUUCCAAGCUUGGCGCGAACCUGGGCGACGACAGCGACGAGGAAGACUCCAAGGCUGCCAACGCAAUCCGCGACGACGAGGACGAAUACUACGACAUGGUGGCGCACGGUGCCAAGGCCAAGAAGGAAGACAAGGCGGCCCGAUACGCAGCCUAUGCGGCCGCCAGCAAGGCCGACAGAGUGGUGCCGACCGAGGAGAUUGGCGAGGACGGCAAGCGCAAGAUCACGUAUGCCAUCCAGAAGAACAAGGGUCUGGCGCCCAAGAGAAGCAAGGACGUUCGAAACCCGAGAGUCAAGAGGAGAAAGCAGUUCGAGGCCAAGCAGAAGAAGCUGAAGAGCAUAAAGCCGGUCUGGCAGGGCGGCGAGCCCAAGGGAGGCUACCAGGGCGAGACGAGCGGUAUCAAUGCCACCGUCAUCAAGAGUAUCAAGCUGUAG